CCGCGGGGUCCCCGAGGACAGCGGGGUCGCGGGCCGCGGGAGGGCCAGCGCGCGCGCGGGCAGCGGCCCCCGGGCAGCCUCUGCCGCUGCGUUCCCGGGACCUCGGGGCGCCCAUGACGGCGGCCACGGUGCUCAAGGAGGGCGUGCUGGAGAAGCGCAGCGGCGGGCUGCUGCAGCUCUGGAAGCGCAAGCGCUGCGUGCUCACCGAGCACGGGCUGCAGCUCUUCGAGGCCAAGGGCACGGGCGGCCGGCCCAAGGAGCUCAGCUUCGCGCGCAUCCGGGCCGUGGAAUGCGUGGAGAGCACCGGGCGCCACAUCUACUUCACGCUGGUGACGGAGGAUGGCGGCGAGAUCGACUUCCGCUGCCCCCUCGAGGACCCCGGCUGGAACGCCCAGAUCACCCUGGGCCUGGUCAAGUUCAAGAACAAGCAGGCCCUCCGCUUCGUGGGCUUGCGGCAGAACCUGUGCCAAGACUCGCUCCUGACCUAGGCUGCCAGGGGUCCGUGAGCCCCGCGGCCUGCGGCGUUGGCUUUCCAGUCCUUUCUGGCACGCGGGGCCCCAACUGUCGGGCACAACGGAGGCCACAGACACGAAGAGGCGGUGUGGGAGCUGGAGGAGUAGACAGAGCCUGGAGAGAAGGGUCGAAGGCUGUGAGGGGCUGAGGAUGAAGAUUCAGUCCCCACUACUCCCAGACUCUUGGACAUGCCCAGCUCGGGGCCUGGCCUCCCGGGCCGUGGAGGGAGUUGGCAUCACUGUGCCCUUGCCCGGCAGCCCUGCCGUCUACCCUGCGGACUGUGUUUCAUCCCGGGCUCGGUGCCAUGUCCGGCAGAGGCCUGGGGACUCAGGAGGCCAGCUGGGAGCUAGAGGAGGAAGUACCCCAGAACAUCUCCCCCCCUCUGGACUCACCGUGGUGGAGGGGAGCUGGUGGGCCUCAUGCCCACACUUGGGGGUCUCCUGCUGCUUCGGUCUUUCUGGGACCCCCCCAGCCGUGCGGGCCCUCUCUUUGCACACUCUUACCCUGCCUCCUGCCCUCUUCCCUCCCCUGCAGUGCUAGGCCUGGAGGUGGUGGGUGGGGGUUGGCCAUUACCAUUUCAUGCCUAGCCCCAAUGAAGU